UAUAACCGCAUUCUCUUAUUACAGUUUAAUGAAACAGUAAGCUGACAACAUCCUAAUUAACACCACAACUGCAAAUUAACCACAUGUAGGGCAGACUUGGGCUUCCAGGGCCUCUGAGUGUGAAAGUGGACGCACAGUGGCAAUAAACUCCCGAAGUGUGGCUCUGUCUUUGGCUGAAGCAGGUGAAGGAGAAAUGUGACCUCCGCUGUUGACUCUCGUCCCCCCAUGAUAGAGGAGAAAUAAGCCUUGUCAAAUAGGCAGGGAGUAGGGAAGCAGCAUUUGACAGCUUGGCUGUCAAAUGCUGGGCCUCAAAUCAGGCCCUCGCAGGGCCUGAUUUCAGGCGAUGCAUCUCCUUACCAUGGCAGCAGCCAAGCUGUCCAUGACAGGGUACUCUCUGAUACACAAAACGUCGGGCACAGCCAAGGUUGAGCAAGAUCUGGUCUUCCUGGAGAGCCGAAAACUACCCUGAGCCUUGGACCAAUAUUCUCUGAAAGCCACAGAGAACGUGGCGGAGAGAAGAUAAGCAGUUGAUCCCAGAGAGCCCAGGCUGCAGAUCUUCAGUCACAGUGGAGGCAGCCCUAGAACCACUGGGAUCCAAGCACACAGAGUAGGCACACAAAGGCAGAAGCAGAGUAACCCAACCCCAGGUUGUGCCCAGCAUGGAGAAACAAAGAGUCGCUGAGACGAACAGAAAUAUCCAGCUCUGGAGGAUCCCGCAAAUUCGUUAGUCUACGCUCUAGGAAGGUCUAUGCUCCUCAGCUCUACUGCAUUAAGCUGAAGGGGGUCCGCAGGGGGGUUACUUUCCCUAAGCCUUAUUCCAAAGGGCCGGCAAGAUUCGAGGGGAACGCGAGGGGGCUCUUCUCCCGACGGGAGCGGGAGACGAGAGCUCCCAGGCUCGGGACUGCAGUCUGCAUGCCCUCUAAUCAAGAAAGACGUAAAUGCUAAUUUAAGGCUGCUCAACAUAAGCAGGAGCCAAGCUGCUCUACUGCCUCGACAGUGUGACCUAACCCAUACACACCAUGCAGCAGAUGUGGGCUUCUCCCAUAGGGAUAGAGCUCCAGACUGCUCACAACGAGCCACCAUGGUUCCAGAGGCUGGUACAGUGGGGACGAAGCUAGCAUGCUAGGCUACACCCGCUAGGUCGUAACAACAGCGACCGAAGCCCACCAAGUGAUGCUAAUGGCUAAAUGCUAACUGGCAGAGCAAAACAAGCCGUGCACUGUAUGCCAGGCAAUGCAGAGAAGGACGCUGUUACACAAGGUUCCGAGAAUGCGCUGGGGGCGUGCACGAAGCGAACCGUCUAUUGCACGCUAGUCAACAAUAGAGAAGACAGUCAACUCAGGAGCCAAGGAAAGGUCGGAGGUUUGCCCGAAGUUCUACAAAGAACUUGCGACAAUGCUAACACUAAACAAUCAACACGUGCUGCAGCAUAUAGCAUUGCACACCAUCCGUGAACCCUGAAUAGAACAAACUUAACAAAAGGACAAUAACCAAACUCCUCACCGCACAAGCUAUAAAGCAUGGCUGAAGAGCAACCACAGCACCUGAACUCUGAGGAGAACAAGUUAACUGCACAUUGUAGACUUGCUACAGAAAAAUCUCAAAGGUUUCAAGGAGGGGCCGAGAAAAGGAAGAGGAUGAAGGCAGUACCCACACCUGUUAUAUAGGAUGGAUCUUCGCUGGAUCUUCGCCCAUGGUCUUCAAAAUGUUUGGUGGAGACCUAGAAAGGAGCUGGAGAAAACUGUAGUCUCCCUUCUACAGAAGAAUGGUCUGGAGGUGAAAAAUAUGUAUGGCCAGGGCUAUGAUGGAGCAGCCAACAUGAGUGGCAUGUACAAUGGCAUUCAAGCCAGAAUACGCACAUUGAAUGAGAAGGCCCUUUAUGUGCACUGCAAAGCACACUGCCUGAACUUGGUCCUGGUGGUAGCCUCAAAGUCAAACAAGCACUUUGUGACCUUCUUCAACCUGGUUGAGAAGCUGUAUGCCUUUUGCAGUGGCUCCUCAAAGCGCCAUGCUGCUUUAGUCAGAUUGCAGCAGUCCCUGCAUCCAAAGGGACGUAUUGUGGAGCUCAAGAGGCUUUCAGAUACCCGUUGGGCUUGCAGGGAACAAGCACUGAAGGCCCUUCAGAAAAAUCUGGAGGCUAUUAUGAUGCUCCUCAAUGAGAUCUGUGAAAGAAUUCCACCUGACCUGGCCCUAGGGGAUGCAAAAAUGUACAGUAAUGCGAUUAACUUCGCAUUCAUCCUCUGCAUGGAAAUCACCACCCCAGCAUUUGAAGUCACUGCUCUUGCAUCAAACGCUCUGCAAGAAGAAGGACUGGACCACUCCACAGCCUACAAGCUAAUUGAUGGUGUUAUUCACACAAUACAAGCAUUGAGGUCUGAGGAGAAGUUUGCCGAGAUAUUUCAAGGUGCGUCAGAGAAGGCAGAGGCUCUCAACAUUCCUUUACCUACCGUUGUGCCUGGCCAGGAGAGGAAACGGAAAGUGCCAGUGCGUUUCAACCAAAGCACAACUGCAUCACAAGUGAGUGAUGAGAUUGACUCUUUGGAGUCAUACUACAGGAAGAAUGUGUACUACACAUUUAUUGAUACCUUGACUGCAGAGCUCAACAGGAGAUUCCAUAGGAGCAUCACUGGAAGUCCAACUGGCUCAAUCAUAUGGUCCUUCCACUCUCUAACAGUGUGUGCCAACUGGACAAGCACCCCAAACCCAGAGGCAGAGGAAGCUGUCCAUGUUCUUUGUGACUUCUAUGAGGAAAAUGAGGACCAGCUGAAGACAGAGGUAAAGGUGUUCCACUCCAGCUUUCCCUCGAAGAACCUGCAAGAAAUCCUUGCCAUUGUGGAGGAGAACUCUGGCCAGCUCAUCUUUCCCACAUUUGUGAAGAUGGUAAGGAUCUAUUCAACACUAGCCGCGUUUACAUGGCACAUCUGAUCCGCAUAGAUUUCUAUGCGGCAUAGAUCUGUUCCUAAAAUGUGUUCCGAAUGUACUGUAUACAUGGCAGUAACAAAAGUGUCCGUUAUGUCUCUCGCGCACACCUGACACAUCUCUGGACCGGCGGCGACAUAAUGGAUGUCUUAUCACUAUCGGGGAUUUUAAAUUUGAUUUUAAUGAAAGCACAGCAGGAGAGAGCUUUUCUCUGCCUGCUCCUUCAAUUAAGAAGGAGGACGACAGCGCAGCAACGUCAAUUUCUCGUCAGAUCUUUAUAUUUACCCUAAGCUCCGCCGAAAACAAGAGGAAUUUGGAUGCGAGUCCGCAGCCAAGACUGGUGGGAGAGUGGUCUUACGGGAAUUUAGUGACCAGGAAUCCUCGAAGGUCCAAUUGCGAACUACUGCAGCUGCCAUCUCUCUAAGUUAAGAAGUAUUUUAACCUUCAGCCUGCAAAAGUACUAGUAGUAGGCAGGCAGCCUACUCAUUUACAGUUAUCUCGGACGAGCGCGGA